GUUCAAGUGACGUUCUACAAAGUAACUGAUUGUAUACACCCCUUUUCCCAAGUACAGCAGCCGCUUUUCGCCCACUGUGUAGUCUGUGAUGUAAAAUGGCGCUGAGUUCUCAAGGAACAAAGAAAAAAGUUUGCUACUAUUAUGAUGGUAAGUACUAAUUUGGCUAUACAUUGAGUUAUUGUACAAUGUGCCUUUUUAAAGUGGUGCAAAUUGUCCGAUUUGUGGUCAGAUUAGCUAGCUAACGUUUGCUAGCUAGCUUCGAUGUGCAAACAUUCAGCAUCCCUAGCUAGCUAGCUUGUGAAAGAGCGAGGCAUUUCCACAUUAUGUACGUUGAUCUUUGAGAGAAUUUACACUAAUGCCAAAGAUUAUUUUCCAUUGUGUAAUAACGUCAAGUUACUUGUCCACAAUUACACAUUGGCAGGACCGAUUAGUUAGCUAACUAAUUAGCUUAUGCAAGCAUUGGAAUCCACAAAAGCACUAAGCUAGCGCUACAUUAGCUAGCUAUACUAGCAAGCUAACAACGUUAGAUACUACUAGCUAACCUAUUUCACUUCCUGGAUGUAAUAAGCUUGCGAUUUAUAGUGAUUCUCUAAAAAAACGCAUCCAGUUUCGUUGCAUUGGCCAGAUUGCUUGCAUAUCAGAAUUGUUACAAUUAAAGUGAUACUUCGGGAUUUUGGAAAUCGAUAAAGGGCCUCAUUUCCAAAAUCGGUCAUGGCUAGAAGGGAUCAAACUUUUGUCAGAAUUGACUUUUCGUAGCAGGUUUAGGAGAAUUUGGCAGCAGGUUUGGAGAAUACACGUGGCAGGUUACGAUAAUAAGGUUAGGAAACGAGUUAGGAUUGGCUAAAAUGGAAAAAAUAUAUCAACAUUUGAAUACAUUUGACAAGUUGGAUCCCAUCUAGAUAUGACCGCCAAAAUCCCUGGUAGUAUCCCUUCAAUCCCUUUAAUCAAUGGAAAAAGUUGUUUGUUACUGCAAAUCACUUUUUUUUGUCGCGUACACAGUUUAGCAGGUGUUAUGGCGGGUGCAGCGAAAUGCUUAUGUUUAUCAAUCAAUACAGUACAUGUAAAACAAGUACACAAUAAUAUAUAUAUAUAUAUAUAUAUAUAUAUAUAUAUAUAUAUAUAUAUAGUAAUACAAUUAAGUACAGCAGUAGAUAAAGGCUAUGCUGUACUGAGCAAUUAGCUAAAAUGAUGCAUUCAGUGGACGUCUGCUGAUGUCCACUUUCUUCCUUCAAAGGUGAUGUUGGGAAUUACUACUAUGGCCAGGGGCACCCCAUGAAGCCACACCGUAUCCGCAUGACACACAACCUCUUGCUGAACUAUGGUCUCUACAGAAAGAUGGAGAUAUACGUAUGUUGAAAAUCCUGGAACUAUUCAUAAGAGCAGCAGAAAGCCUGCAAACUCAAUAGUUCUGAAUUGAACAGUUAAUACUUAGAUAGUAAGGUCUCAGUAACUGAUCUUCUCCAUGUCUGUCUCUCAGCGACCUCACAAAGCCAAUGGAGAGGAGAUGACCAAGUACCACAGUGACGACUACAUCAAGUUCCUGCGUUCCAUCAGGCCUGACAACAUGUCAGAGUACAGCAAACAGAUGCAGAGAUGUGAGUUUUAGGCAGAGAGGAUGUCAUGUCUCAAUAUACCUAUACAUUUGAGCAGUAGCCCAUGAAACGUCAGAAAUAAAUAUUUUGAAAAGCCUCUAGGCCAACUGUUUUUUCUGCUUUUAUGAAACUAACACAUUUUCUGCAAUUCUCACACAGUUAAUGUUGGUGAGGAUUGCCCUGUGUUUGAUGGCCUGUUUGAGUUCUGCCAGCUCUCAACAGGAGGCUCUGUUGGUAAGUUUAUAUACAGUUGUAGGUCUACCCUGUUGGAUGAGACACAUUGUGCUUGGAUAGUUGGAAUAUUUUCCUGGCUUACUUGGCCUCUUCUGUGGCUGUCCAUUACAGGAAUGUAGCCAUAGUUUCAUGCUCUCUGAUUGAUGGAUUCUCUGAUUGGCUUCUCUUCCCCUGUGUUUUAGCUGGAGCUGUGAAGCUGAACAAACAGCAGACCGACAUUGCCAUUAACUGGGCUGGAGGUCUUCAUCACGCCAAGAAGUCUGAGGCGUCAGGUUUCUGCUAUGUGAAUGACAUUGUGCUCGCCAUUUUGGAGUUAUUGAAGUGAGUACAACAGCUCCACUGCAGUUAUUCAAUUUUGUGAAAUGUAGGGAAUGGUGUAGCCUAAUAUGGAUAACAAUAGUAACUUCACAUUGGGACACCAUAGGUAUGCCAUAUUUAGGAGAUUUGAUGGUCAAUCUUCUCUCCCCCAGAUACCACCAGAGAGUUCUGUACAUAGACAUUGAUAUCCACCAUGGAGAUGGAGUGGAGGAGGCAUUCUACACCACAGACAGGGUCAUGACAGUGUCCUUCCACAAGUACGGAGAGUACUUCCCCGGCACUGGAGACCUGAGGGUGAGUCUGAUAUCAUCAGGGGAUGAGGAUUGGUGGCAUUGUUUAUUAAAGGCUGUCCAAAGGGUACAUUUAAUUCAUACUUAGAAAACUUAAUGGACUGGGGAUUUGAGUUUCAUAAGUGCUUUGUUGGUCAACUUUGCAGAGUUUGUGUCCACAUUUGUAGUCGACUGACUCUGUGUUAUUUCUCCUCAAGGAUAUUGGCGCAGGGAAGGGCAAGUACUAUGCUGUGAAUUACCCUCUGAGAGAUGGGAUAGACGACGAGUCUUACGAAGCCAUAUUCAAACCUGUAAGUCUACUAACUUCUUGUCUUGGCUGUAACUCAAACAUACCCAAGUGUAGCCCCAUUCUAGUUUCCAUGUAGCCAACCAAGCUCUCCAAGCCUCUCUUGAGGCCCCGUGUAGCUCAGUUGGUAGAGCAUGGCGCUUGCAAUGCCAGGGUUGUGGGUUCGAUUCCCACGGGGGGCCAGUAUGAAAAUGUAUGAACUCACUAACUGGUAAGUCGCUCUGGAUAAGAGCGUCUGCUACAUGACUAAAAUCGAAUUAUCUGUCCUGGUACCCCAAUGGUUGAACCAGCUUCCCCCUGAAGCUAGGACAACAGAGUCCCUGCCCAUCUUCCAGAAGUACCUGAAACCCUACCUCUUCAAAUAAUAUCUUAAAUAACCCCCCCCCCCCCCCCCCACAUAAAAAAUAAUAAUAUAUAUCCUGAACCAACACUUGCCCCCUUCUAGCUCUGACUUGACUGAUAGGUACUUUGAGGAAAAGUGUACUUACUAUGCCUGUGAUAUGUGGUUGUCCCACCUAGCUAUCUUAAGAUUAAUGUACUAACUGUAGGUCGCUCUGAAUAAGAGCAUCUGCUAAAUGACUCAAAUGUAAAUCUUAUUUAUAUCUGCGUCUGUGUGUGUAGAUCAUGACUAAAGUGAUGGAGAUGUACCAGCCUAGUGCAGUGGUUCUUCAGUGUGGUGCUGACUCUCUCUCAGGAGACAGGCUUGGCUGCUUUAACCUCACCAUCAAAGGCCAUGCUAAGUGUGUGGAGUACAUGAAGAGCUUCAACCUUCCCAUGCUGAUGCUGGGUGGUGGAGGCUAUACCAUCCGGAACGUGGCCCGCUGCUGGACCUAUGAGACAGCUGUGGCUCUGGACAGCUCCAUACCAAACGGUGAGCUCUCCUGCUGCAAGCUAUACAAAUAAAUAGUCGCACACUCUAUAUAUCAACUCCCAGUAAUUUAUUGGCCCUGAAGAAGGCACAGUGUUGGUGUUUUACCCAAUACAUUACUGGGAGUUUAUAUUAGUGUGAGACUCUUUAAUUAUUUUUUAUAGCUUACAGUUUAUUCGCUGUUAGUCAGCACCUCUACACUAAAUAAUUUUCUAUGGGUGUGUGCCAGCUCAUGCUUUUUAUUAGAGCCAUUCUGCUGCACCGUUCAUUUACAGUGGGGGAAAAAAGUAUUUAGUCAGCCACCAAUUGUGCAAGUUCUCCCACUUAAAAAGAUGAGAGGCCUGUAAUUUUCAUCAUAGGUACACGUCAACUAUGACAAAUUGAGAGAGAAAAAUCCAGAAAAUCACAUUGUAGGAUUUUUAAUGAAUUUAUUUGCAAAUUAUGGUGGAAAAUAAGUAUUUGGUCACCUACAAACAAGCAAGAUUUCUGGCUCUCACAGACCUGUAACUUCUUCUUUAAGAGGCUCCUCUGUCCUCCACUCGUUACCUGUAUUAAUGGCACCUGUUUGAACUUGUUAUCAGUAUAAAAGACACCUGUCCACAACCUCAAACAGUCACACUCCAAACUCCACUAUGGCCAAGACCAAAGAGCUGUCAAAGGACACCAGAAACAAAAUUGUAGACCUGCACCAGGCUGGGAAGACUGAAUCUGCAAUAGGUAAGCAGCUUGGUUUGAAGAAAUCAACUGUGGGAGCAAUUAUUAGGAAAUGGAAGACAUACAAGACCACUGAUAAUCUCCCUCGAUCUGGGGCUCCACGCAAGAUCUCACCCCGCGGGGUCAAAAUGAUCACAAGAACGGUGAGCAAAAAUCCCAGAACCACACGGGGGGACCUAGUGAAUGACCUGCAGAGAGCUGGGACCAAAGUAACAAAGCCUACCAUCAGUAACACACUACGCCGCCAGGGACUCAAAUCCUGCAGUGCAAGACGUGUCCCCCUGCUUAAGCCAGUACAUGUCCAGGCCCGUCUGAAGUUUGCUAGAGUGCAUUUGGAUGAUCCAGAAGAGGAUUGGGAGAAUGUCAUAUGGUCAGAUGAAACCAAAAUAUAACUUUUUGGUAAAAACUCAACUCGUCGUGUUUGGAGGACAAAGAAUGCUGAGUUGCAUCCAAAGAACACCAUAUCUACUGUGAAGCAUGGGGGUGGAAACAUCAUGCUUUGGGGCUGUUUUUCUGCAAAGGGACCAGGACGACAGAUCCGUGUAAAGGAAAGAAUGAAUGAGGCCAUGUAUCGUGAGAUUUUGAGUGAAAACCUCCUUCCAUCAGCAAGGGCAUUGAAGAUGAAACGUGGCUGGGUCUUUCAGCAUGACAAUGAUCCCAAACACACCGCCCGGGCAACGAAGGAGUGGCUUCGUAAGAAGCAUUUCAAGAUCCUGGAGUGGCCUAGCCAGUCUCCAGAUCUCAACCCCAUAGAAAAUCUUUGGAGGGAGUUGAAAGUCCGUGUUGCCCAGCGACAGCCCCAAAACAUCACUGCUCUAGAGGAGAUCUGCAUGGAGGAAUGGCCCAAAAUACCAGCAACAGUGUGUGAAAACCUUGUGAAGACUUACAGAAAACGUUUGACCUGUGUCAUUGCCAACAAAGGGUAUAUAACAAAGUAUUGAGAAACUUUUGUUAUUGACCAAAUACUUAUUUUCCACCAUAAUUUGCAAAUAAAUUCAUUAAAAAUCCUACAAGGUGAUUUUCUGUAUUUUUUUCUCUCAAUUUGUCUGUCAUAGUUGACCUGUACCUAUGAUGACAAUUACAGGCCUCUCUCAUCUUUUUAAGUGGGAGAACUUGCACAAUUGGUGGCUGACUAAAUACUUUUUCACCCCACUGUAUAGUGUGUACUUUUAUUUUCUAGUGUGAUUUAUGUUUACAGUAGUAUUUGACAGGUCAGAGAGGGGCACAAGUGUUUUAGGAUAGGUUCCACUACAGUAGACAUAUGUCACUGUGUUGAUAACAUUAAUAUUUAUCCGCAGAGCUUCCAUACAAUGAUUACUUUGAGUACUUUGGGCCAGACUUCAAACUGCACAUCAGCCCCUCCAACAUGACCAACCAGAACACCAACGACUACCUGGAGAAGAUCAAGUAGGUCCUUGACCACACUACUUUUUACUGUGCUCUUUAUUCCUACUGUACAUCAUUAGGGAACAAAAAUAUUGUUCUAUCAUACUAUAUUAGUCAUAAUUAAGUAAUGUCUUUAGAUUUGGGUCAUACACAGUAACUGUUAUAUAAGCUAGUUAUUGAUGAGGUAAUUUCAAGUACAACAGGUCAUAUUAUGGCACUUAUGUUACACAUAUCAUGCUUGACCUUGAGACCAUGUUUAUCCAUGAUGGUGUGUAUUUUUGCCACUAUUACAGUUGAAGUGAUGUCAUGUAGGUUAAUGCAUCUCACCUGUAUGUGUCCAUUCAGGCAGCGUCUGUUUGAGAACCUUCGAAUGCUGCCCCACGCCCCGGGGGUCCAGAUGCAGGCCAUCCCAGAAGACGCCGUGCAGGAGGACAGUGGAGACGAGGAGGAGGAGGAAGACCCUAACAAACGCAUCUCCAGUAAGUCCCCUAUCCAAAUGUUUAGACCUGACUGACGACGCAAAAAAAAUAUUUUCACAUAAGUGCAGUGAAAUGUUGUUUUACAGGGUCAGCCAUAGUAGUACGGCACCCCUGGAGCAAAUUAUGGUUAAGGGCCUUGCUCAAGGACCCAGUCUGAUUUUAUUUCACCUUGUCGGCUCGGGUAUUCAAACCAGCAACCUUUCGCUUACUGGUCCAACGCUCUUAUCUAGGGUACCUGCCGCCCUACAAGUUUUAAGAUCUGACAGACACAUGCAUCUCUUGUGAAGUCUAUCUUUGUGUUACCAUCUCUGCACCAUUGGCAUGCCUACCUUUUUCUUCUCAGAAUUAACAUAUGAGAAAUCUGCAUUCUUUAUGCUCCCGUCACGCAAAUCUUUGUCCGAGUUACUCACAGAUAACGAGAUGCUCAUGUUCCUGUCCUCUGUUGUGCAGUUCGCGCCCAUGACAAGAGGAUAGCGUGUGACGAGGAGUUCUCAGACUCUGAGGACGAGGCUGAGGGUCAAGGGGGCGGACGGAGAAAUGCAGCCAGCUUCAAGAAAGCCAAGAGAACAAAGACUGAAGAAGACAAAGAGGGAGAAGAGAAGAAAGGGGAGGAGAAGAAAGCAGGUGAUGAAAAGAAAGCUGAUGAGAAGAAAGGUAUCAAUCAUUUCUUACAAUUUCUUUCUCGUUCGUGUUGAAUAGUCAUGCCUUUUUAUUUAAAGUGUGGUGCACAACUGCAGUCAUCUAACAUUUUGAAGCAUUAUAAACAUUUCAAGUUCUAUAUCAGACAUACCAUGUCCCAUUGGACAUUGAGGAUUAUUGUUUAUUUGUUGCUUCUUUGUUAUGAUAGAAGUCAAAGAAGAAAAGGUGCCAGAGGAGGAGAAAGUGGACACAACAAAGGGGUUAGCAAACAUUUCAAACAUCUAUUUUCUAAAUUUAGUGAAGGGAAUAUCUGAUGGUAAACAAUAAAGAUGUUUUAAAAAGGUAUUUUCCCUCUGUUCAUCCAACAGGCCAAAAGAGCAGUCCAAGACACCGUGA